AUGAAAGAAAGUUUGUCUGUCAGCGGUGGUCAUAGUAAAGUAUUUGAUACGAUGUCAUCACAGUCAGAUGUUGAUGAAGACUCUCAGAAGAAAGUGCUCUCAUCAUUUGGCCUUUUACCAGAAGAUUCAGUUGAUAGCCGUAGAGAUAUCAAUGCAGAAAACGGAAAAGAAUUUGAUCCUCUGUCUAAUCAGUCUAGUGAGAAGAUUCAAAACAAUCUGAUGGCCUCUUUUGCUUUGACCAAUGAUGCCCAAGCUGAGAAGAUAAGCCCCACUGCUUCCUCUUCUCCUGCACAAAUUACCGAGGGUCGUGGAGGAAGUCCUGAUAGUAUAACCAGUAUUGGUUCUUCGGUAGCCAGUCGCAAUUCCCACCUUCAGCCAGCAGCACCUCACAUGUCACCGUACCAUGCCCCUUCAAGUCCAGCUCGUUUGCAGUCUAGCCCUCAUGGACAAUCCCCAAGGCAAGUGAAUACAUCUCCAGUAGUGCAAGGAAAUCAUUCCCCGCAUAUUUCCCAGCAGCCACAACCUGGUGUUCCAGAACAGAUUAGUCACCAGAUGGGCUUCUCUGGACUGCAGACACAGCCCAGGCCCCUAUACCCAGGACAGGCACCACACCCUGGUUAUGCUCAACAUUCCUUUCCAGGCCAACAGUUUAACCAACCACCCCCCCCUGAUCCUGGAUCUCAGGAGAGUUUCAACCCUGCAUUUCACCCAGGAACUAAUUAUUCAUAUUCAGCAAGUAUGCAACAACAGCAACCACCUUCAUCAAAUCAACCAUACAGUACUUAUCAACAGGUAUCUUAA